AUGUUACGCCGAAAGCCCACUGCCAUCACAGUCACGUCGGAAGAUCUUGUUGCAUUUGAAGAGGCGAGGCUUCGCCAGUUGGAUGAGAACAAACAUCCCGAGCAAGGCAGAGGAAACAACUCGAACACCAAAUAUGACCCAAGUGAUGAGUUGAAACCUCUUCCAGGUGAUAAGGCCCGAAUUGUUCGAUCUCGUGAAGAGAGAAUUGGAAUCGGUCGUCGAGGUCAAUAA